AUGGCGGCGGCUCCUCUUCAAAGCGAGGCGGGCGGGACGUCGCCUGGUUCUCGCCGCGCGGGUUGGGAGAGGAAGCGGCCGAGGAGGAGGAUGACAGCUCCGCUGCUGGUGCUGUGGGGGGCCGCGGCCGCCGCCUGGGCGUCCCUUGCCACGGCUUCGGCUUCCCUGGAGCCCGAGGAGGCGGAGAGCCGAGUGAGGGAGCUGAGUGGGAGCAACUGGAGUCUCCUGCUGCAGGGCCAAUGGAUGGUGGAAUUCUAUGCCCCGUGGUGUCCUGCAUGUCAGCAGAUGGAAUCAGCGUGGGAGGCUUUUGCAAAAAAUAGCAAACACCUUGAACUCAGUUUGGGCAAGGUGGAUGUCACUCAAGAACCUGGUGUAAGUGGUCGAUUCUUUGUUACUACACUUCCCACUAUUUACCAUGCAAAGGAUGGAGUUUUUCGCAGAUACCGUGGCUCAAGGACUGUGGAGGAACUAGAGGUUUAUAUCCUGGAGAAAAAGUGGGAAGCUGUGGAACCUGUGGCAGGAUGGAAAUCCCCAUCAUCUAUAGUGAUGCAUGGAAUGGCAGGACUCUUCCAUUUUUCUGGAUGGAUCAGGCAAGUCCACAACUACUUAACAGGCACACUUGGAAUUCACGUCUGGGGUUCUUAUGCAGUCUUCUUACUAGCCACCAUAUUGAUUGGUCUGAUCCUGGGUCUGAUAUUGGUUUUACUUACAGACUGCAUUUAUCCACCCAGGUCCAAUGAAGAAGCUUCUGAACCAAAUGAUGAUAAGACAGAAGAGCAACAGGAAAUAUUAGAACUUACAGCAGGAGAAUCUACUGCAGAAAAGGGUUUGUUUGAUGGAGAAGAUGAGGAAGAUGGAGAAAAUGAGUCUCGGGACAACUCCUCAAAUGACUCUGCAGUUGAAGGAUCUGAGACAGACGAUGACUUGGAGCACAAAGAUAAAGUAGAGGAAAGCUCUAUAAGGCAGCGUAAAAGCCAGGUGGAGGCUGGUGGACUAUAGUGCAAUUAGCUAUGUAUGUACUUUAUCUGGACCAAAGAAGCAUUGAGGACCCUCCUUGAUUGCAGCUGAAGCCAAACACUUGACCUGUAAACUGUAAACACUUACAGCUUAGAUCCAUGUUUUGUGCCAGAAGGCGACUGUCUUUGAUUUUGAGGCCAGUAUUUUUUAAAGUUCGUUCUGGAAGAUUAAAAUUUUAUGUUGAGUUUAUACACAUGACAAUCAUACGCAAUUUGUAUUUUAUACUGGAUGUAGGGGUUGAUGAGAUGCUUUAUCUUUAAGCAAUGGCAUAAGCAAGGUGAAAUGUGCAUUCUGUUUCUGUGUUUCAGUAUUAGGUGCUGACAAAUCUUAGUGAAUCUAAUACAUACACUGCUUUUUAUUGGUGCAAGCUAAUCAGGUAUAGAAUUGAGGCUUUUCAUUAAAAAUCCAUGGUAGUUCCUCAGUAGGAUUAAGGCUUCACUCUUGAGUGUACAUGCAUAUACGUGCAGUGUUACAUCACAUUUGAAAUGGCUAAGUGCAUCAGUUGUAUAAAAGACGUACAUCUGUCUCUUGCUGUGUUAGUAUAUAAUUGGCUUCCAUAUGGAUUGCCCAAACAAUUGUCUGAAAGGUGAAUAUCUUAUUCCCUAGUUUGCUAAGCACGCUUAAGGCUCUUCAGGUUACUCAAGGCAUCUUGGAUCAUGUUGAUGCUCAACAAGCAUUCCAGUGCAAGUGGAUCACCAAAGUGCAGAGAAAAGAAAUAACAACACUUGGUUACUUAUUCCUUAAUUAAAAGAAUUGCUGAUAUCUAAAGUGGGUUCUAGAUCACUUAUUCCUGAUGACCAAAAUACUCAAUUGAUCCCAAAGGGUUUAAAAAGGCUGUUGCAACUACCUGUUUAAAGCUUUUGUUUUUGUUUGACAUAUUUAAAAGAUGACUAUUAGUUUCUAAAUGGUUAAGAAUGUUUACUAACUUUAUACAUCCCAUACAUUUUUCAGUACAGUAUAGAUUUGUAAAAUACACUUUGAAUGUAGCAGUAUCUCUUGUUACCCCAUGUACAGACUGUCUUCAAUGCAUUGGGGUUAAUUAAGUUUACAAUGUGAAACAAAAGUUCAAAACAGUGUUAACAUCUCUAUAUAGUGGCACAGAAUUGGAUAGCCAAGAGAGUAAAGAAUCUAGAAAUUGAAUGGCAGCUCAUUGUUGGUGGUCAACUUCCAUGGUAAGAGAUUAAGGCUAAACAAACAAUAGGCUUAAAAGUAAAUAGUAGUAGUAAAACAGUAUACUUGCAGUAUUCUGCAUAGUGUCAUAAGGCUCCUUUUGUGGCUCUUUACCAGUAGAUGACCUUAAUUUAAAGUAUUUUGUAACUUUUCAUUGCACUAAACUAUGGAAACUUCAUAAGCCCUAUGCUCUAUCUGCAGUAUACAGUUGGCUCAGUAGAAGAUGACUUUAAAAUAAGUUGAAGUAAAUGUACUAGUUGCAUCUUUAAUAUUGCUCAAAUAAAUCCACUGAGAAGAUGCAUUCCUAAGAAACUAUUAAACUGCCUUUAUGCACAUGCUUAAUCUGUUACAAAUAUGCUAAUAACUUCAGUUGAUUCUUCAAAACAGAACAUAGUUAAAGGAGUUCACUGAGAAGUUUAAAUAACUUAUGAAUGUUUGCGUUGUACAUUAAGUGCACUUUUCAUGUUACUAAAAGUGCCAGUGAACUAACAUGGCCACUCUUCUUGAUUUGAUUCUGCAAGCAUCCUAACACAAUGCCUCAGUGGUGUGACCAAGCUUAUUUUCUAGGUACAUGAUGAAAGAUUUGAGCACUGGAUGCUCCCAUGUUCCUACGAAGGAAAGAUAGAACAUAGCUAAUCCACUCCUAUUGCUUUGAGUCUGUCUUAUGUGCAGUCUUACCUCAUAAAUAAUAAAAUGCUGUGCAUACAUUAACAGAAUUUUCAUGUCUUGUAAGACCAGUC